CAAACAUUCAUGCGACCACCUACACUUGUACGCUUAGCACGCGUCGAUUUCAUGCAACGGAAACGUGCGCGCUCAGAAGGUGACGAUCAAGCCGGCAGGUCGCGUCUCAAGCAACAGGCUCGCCAUCCCGAAGGUCUCGGUCGCCGGAGAAGAGCACAACGGCCGAUAAGAUGGAUUUCAAGGAAAAACUACAGUUCUUCAGCAUUUUCUACGAAGAGCGGGCUCCAAUUCCAAGCAUACUUGAACAACACAUAUCAAAUCUCCGAAAGCCGCGGCAAGUUUCAUCGCCAAACGCGAAGCAUAUUCAAGAGAUGGUGCCCGUGGCACGGUCCGAACAGGAUGGCAUCGAUGUACUGGAAGAGGUGUUGCUCUUAGCGCCUGCUAGUAAAGGGGGUAUGCCGUGCGUUGAACGCGCUGCGAAGCCGAAUCUCAGUCCGUAUUUCUCGCCGCUGGCUACGAGUUUCGUGGCUGGGAGGGUGCGCCUUGAAACGUCGCAGCCAGAUCAUUGUUUUGGGUAUCUUCCUUCGAAAAAGGCGAGGCCGGCGAGAUUGAAGGCGUCAUUUACGAUUGAGGAAGAGAAUAUAAUGAAUAGAUUCACAUUGACCACAGAACUCUACUUUCCGUUCUUCACCGCCCGAUGGAAGAGCCCCGCACAAGAACAAACGCACCACUAAGCCAUUCCACACGGUGCCUGCGACGGAUCUACGAUAGUCAACUACCUUCAUCGAUUCUAUGUCACUGCACGACCAACCCAAGCACCCAGCCUUGUUGAGACAUGCCAUUUCUCUGCCACAAUAGACAUGCGAUCGAUUAUACUGUGGGUGCAUUGGCGGGAACAGGAUGAGAACGGAAAUGUCAGCUAUCGCAUGGAGCAGGUUGAGUCUGGGAUGCUAGAUAAAGAAAGGGACAACAAGGAGAUUCGGACGAUACUCCGGAACCUGCAGGACCAUGCGCUGGGGGACCGAUUGCGGGGGAUCAAGGAGCUGCUCCCAGCAUUUUGGGAGCACUUGGCGAAACCGAGGCCGGUACAGACGGCCAUUGUGGUGAGCUCGCCGUCAGGAAUGGAGAAUGUUCCUGUGUUGCAGCCGCCAACGCCAUUGUCCGAUACGUUGGAACCU